AUGCCCGAACAUACAGGAAAACCAGGCGAGCAAAUUUUCAAGUACAAAUGCAACAGUAGCAAUUGCCGACAUCGAUUUGCCGACAAGAGCCACCUCAUGACACACAUUAUUCACAUCCACAAGAAUAAACCAUUUCCUUGCGAGUUCUGCGACGAAAUUCUGAUCGAAAGAUCUAAAUUCAUGAUCCACAUGAAAGAUUUCCACAAAAGUAAAUUGGCCGCUCCUGAAACUCUGUGCGACCCUGAAGGUCAAAUGUUUUGCCAAUUCUGCCCCGAGAGAUUUCUGACAAGGGAAAAUUUAGAAAAGCAUAUUUUGCUGCAUUUGGAGAGCCUCCGAGAGAUGAGCAAGCCCCACUGCUGCAAACCGUGUGGCUUCACAACUGGAUCUUACGAAAUUUUUCUCCGACAUUUGAAGGAGUGGCACAACAUUGAGAGGGAAAUCGUCCCCAAAACUGAUUGUGACUUAUGCGGAAAAGUGCUCAAAGUCUACGAAAAUAUGCAAAGUCACUUGAGGAAUCAUGUUCGCUGUGAGCCGAGUAAAGAGCAUGUUACCUGCGAUAUUUGUGGAAAGAUUCUACUCAAAUGUUCUCUGUCGACCCACAAAAAAUUACUCCAUGAGAAUAAUAUUUCGCUGGUCUGCGAAAUUUGCGGCCAAAUCUUCACCAGCGAAAACUCUCUGAAAACCCACAUGUAUCGUCAUUCUGAGAUGGAGUUCAAUUGUGGGCACUGCGACUACAAAUCUCAUCGGAAACUUUACUUGGAAAAGCACAUUGAGCGCCACAUGACCAAAAAGGUCAAAUGCAGCAUUUGCAGCGCAUCUGUUUUGGAUCUGAAGAACCACUUAAAGAAAAGCCACGGCCCAAAACAGACUUUCCAAUGCAGUAUUUGUGACAAAACUAUUUCCUGCAACCCAAAAGCAAUCAUGAAGCACAGGAACAGUCACCUGGGACUUCGACCUUUCAAAUGCGAAGAGUGUGGAAAGUCAUUCGCAGUUCAAUUCAACAUGCGAAACCACCAACUGAAGAAACACGGCAUCAAAGCCUUUGAAUGCAACAUUUGCAACAAGCCGUUCCAAAACGGCCUCAACCUGAAAAAGCACAAGGAGAAAGUGCACUUUAAUUUACCCCAGAGAAGCUUGAAAAUUAGCUAUAGACACUAA